AUGACACAGUAGGAGACGCCAUCUAAGCAGAGCAAGGCAGGUCACAGAAUUAGCCAGCUUCUUUUCAACAAAUCAAGGACAUUCAGGACCAGACAACAAGAAUUGAAGAAGCCAAAAGAAUGGACAACCACACGUACAACUACCCGUCCGACUGCACCCCUCUCACCAGCUGCAAGUCGGCCCGCAAGCCGGCGGGUUCCACCGUGGUGAAUAUGGGCACCGCAGGCAAGAAGCCACCCAGUGACUACCUCGUCUGGUCCCUGUGCAACACCCUGUAUGUCAACUUCUGCUGUCUGGGAUUCAUGGCUCUUAUCUACUCAAUUAAGGCCAGGGACCAGAAGACCCAGGGGAACUUGCAGCUGGCCCAGGAGUGCUCGGACAAGGCCAAGUGGUACAACAUCCUGGCGGCGGGCUGGAACCUGCUGGUGCCCCUGUUGGUGGUGGUGCUGCUGGUGCUGUUGCUGGUUCACCUGGGCACCUCACAGGGCUCCUUCGACUUCUUCGGAGAGGACGGCUUCCAGAGCUUCAUGAAACUCUUCAGCAGCGUACAUUGAAGGCUGGUUAGUGGACAGAAGAUAUCGAAGAACAGAAUGAUAGAUGUAGAAAAUUAAAGGAGAAGAUGGUGGAUGGAGACUGGUGGAUGCUUCCCUAAAAGCCACCCAACAACCACCUGACAACGGACUAAUGACCUCUUUACAUCAUGGGUCACUUUUUUUCCUUUAUAAAUAUUAUCAAGACAUUAACUAAUUGUUGUUCUAAUGUACUAUUAUAUUAUUAUUGCUGUAAUUUUUAUUGGUAGCUGUAUUGUUAGCUAAAGGCUAGUAUCAUUGUCACUGCAUUGGAUCUUGACCAUUUCUAGACCCCUUUGUGAAAAACAAAUGUGAGAAAGUAAAAUAAAAAAUGUCACAACUACAGAAGGUUUGUACUACUGAAUUGUUUCAGCAUUACUUUUCUUUCCCAUCAAUGGGUUUAUUUGAAACAUCAAAGGCAGAAUUUUGAGGUCAGUAAUAAAAUAAAAACAGCGUCUAAAUU